AUUGUGUAUAUAUUACUAUAGCUAUUGGAAGAUUCAAAUGACCUAUUGUUAUCUAUCAGAAUCUUGGUCACCAUGUCCCGCAUAGCUGCAUUGAAUAUUAUCGGAAAUCAUGGAAAAAACAGAUUUCCUAUCUGUUUAAGCAUUCGUAAUGGUUUUGGGUAUCGGAGUAACAAUCGACAAACGUCGAUUUGGUGCAAGAAAGGUUACGAGUCACAGACAAAUUACUUUACCACCUCAUGUAACAGAACCUUCGGUUUAGGAAUUCAGUACGGCAAAGUCAACGAAAGCAUAAAGCGGUGCUUCACGACAUUUGCUGGCAGUUCUUUGAAAUCGGGAAUGAUCUUCUUGCAUGAUGAUAAAUAUUGUGAAGUAACUUCAAACCGUCAAGUAAAACAAGGGCGUGGAUCAGCUUCGUUACAGGUGGAAUAUGUGGAAUUACCCAGUAGGAAGCCUAUGACAAUAAAUCUUCCAAUUGGCGCAAAAGUGGACAAGAUCGACUUAGAAAAGCAAGGUGCCCUGGUACAAUAUUUUGAUGAAGAUGCACGUGAGUUAGUGGUGUCCGAUGAGAGUUUCGAAGAGAAACGGAUAUCUGCGUCAACGAUAGGCGACGGUGUUAAAUUGUUGGAGGCGGGGGAUGAGCUUCAGCUGUUUUAUCACGAUGAUACCAUAGUCAAGGUAUCCUUACCAAACACUAUAACAUCUCGUCUGAAGAAAAAAUAAGUCAGAAACCUGAUGUUUAUAGUAUCAUAUAGCAAUCUCACAAUUUGGCAUGCGCCAAGUAUACAAUGGUCAUAACAUUUAUCCAGAUAUAGAGAGGAGUUCACCAAGUGCUAUAUCUACCAAUACGACUAAACGAUGACCUUGGAUAAUCGAUUCAUUGAUGUAUUUAUUUUGGGCUUUCGUUACACAUA